ACUUUUGUUACAUAGUUGGACUCUUCUUCCUGCUCAAUUCUUCAUUGUCCAUAUCUUAUCACUAAGCAAACUUUUCUUCCAUUGUAAAUCUCAGCUGCUUUUUCCAAGCUUAUAUGCUUUCUUCUGCACUAUUCUUGAAGCUUUACUGUAAGUUUUACUACAAUUCUUUAGCUUUUUCACUACACUUUUAUUGAAAAUAGUCCCUAGUCCUACUUCUUUUCUUGUUUAAAGAAUUGGGUAUUUCUGGAUUUCUGUUAUUUUUUCAUAGACUUAAUGUGAAAAAAAAUCGUCUUGUUUAGCUAAUAAGUAAGGCUUUUCAAGAUUCUUGUUGGGUUUGUACAGUUCUAUUGUUGGGGUUCUGCUCUUUUUCAGAGAUUUGUGGAAAGUUUUCAAGAUUCUUGGUGGGGUUGUAUUGUUCUGCUGUUGGCUUUAGGUGAGUUGGUGUCAGUAUUGGCAAUAUGUUUACUUCUCAGAUGCCAGAGAAAGGUGCAAAUAUUGGGUGGGUUAUGAGGUCAAAUAACCCCAAAGUUCAAUGGUGGUUUAAGCUAUUGACAAUGGGUGUUUUUCUUGGAAUCUUGAUUGUAUGGGGGAUUGAUGGUUUGAAUGUGGGUAGUUUUCAGAGAGAUUUUGUUCUGUUGAAGGUGAAUAGUUCAGGAAAGUUUAGUCCUACCUUUAAAGAUUUCAGCUUUACCAAUAUUUCUCUUAGACCCCAUUCUGUUAAUACUCACCAGAAUCUGAACCAAGAUUUUGCCAGAAAGAAUCUGGCUCCUAAAGUUGAACCACAACAGAUUAAUUUGACUGAGAAUCAAGGUAAUGCCCCUGAUUUCAGUCUUGAAAUGGUGACAAAUGUGUCACAUAAGGAACCAGAAUUGGUAGAGGUUUCAAGGCCGAGGGUUCAUAGGUGGAUUUCAGCUGAAUUAGAGGCAAACUAUUCAUCAAAUCUUCUUACUAAUUGGUUGGCUCCUGGAGGUGAGCCAUGUAGGGAAUCAAGAACUGUGGAUGUAAAGAUUCCAGCUUUGGAUGGUCGCAAAAACGUUGAAUUGUCAACAGGGGAUAUUCAUGAGUUUGUUUUCCAUGCGUUGGAUGAUUCUGGGAAACCCCAUUGUUUGGGUGGUGAUUAUUUUGAAACUGAUCUUGCUGGUGAAACAUGGAAGACUAGGCCUCCCAUUAAAGAUUUAGGCAAUGGUACUUACCAGUUUUCCCUGCAAGUCCACCCUGAUUUUGCUGGGGAUUACAAUCUUACCGUCAUCCUACUAUUUCGACAUUAUGAAGGCUUGAAGUUUUCUCCUGAAAGAUUUGCAUAUGACAAAGUUCUCCGUGUGAUCCCAGUCAAGUUCUCCAAAUCCUCUGUUGAAUUACCUGAAAUAUCUCAAUGCAAGAAGUCAGAUCUUGUUAGAGAUGUGUGGUCUGGUCGAUGGACUCGUCAUGCUAAGAAUAAUAGCUGUCCAAUUAGCAAUGACGGGCGAUACAGAUGCCAAGAACCAAAUUUCCCAUGCCAAAAACCAUGGUGUGAUGGUCCAUUAGGGUUGUUGGAGAGCAAUGGUUGGGUAUAUUCAACACAUUGUUCCUUCAAGAUGUUCCCAAGUGAAGAAGCCUGGAAUUGUUUGAAUGAUCGCUGGAUUUUCUGGUGGGGCGAUUCGAAUCACUGUGACACAGUGAGAAACAUCCUUAAUUUUAUUUUAGGUGUUGAUAUGAAGGCUGUCCCAAGAAGAGUUGAUAUGAACAUCAGCAACCCGAGGAAUCCAUCACAAACAGUUCGAUUUACCAACAUUUUCAAUGGACAUCCUAAUGAGACAGGCAAUUAUCAAGGCUUGAAUUCGUUGGCGGAUGCUGACUAUAGAGAACUUUUGAAAGGGUACUUUUCUGGAAAUAUUGUUCCAGACACUAUAAUCAUGAAUUCUGGCUUACACGAUGGAGUCUUUUGGUCUAGCCUUAGGCAUUUCAUUAAAGGCGCCGACUAUGCUGCAUCAUUCUGGGCUGAGGUUUUUGCUGGGAUGAGGCAGAGAGGGUUGACACCACCAGAAGUCAUAUAUAGGACCACUGUCACCACAGGCGGAUACGCUAGAAGAUUGGCAUUCAAUCCAAAUAAAAUGGAGGCCUUCAAUGGGGUAGUCCUGGAUAAGUUGAGGGCAUAUGGUUUAGUUGAUCGCGUCAUUGAUGAUUUCGACAUGACUUAUCCUUGGCACUAUGAUAACCGAUGCAAUGACGGGGUGCAUUAUGGCCGUGCUCCUGCCAAACUGAAAUGGAGGGAUGGCCAGAUUGGACACCAGUACUUUGUGGAUCUUAUGCUUGGUCAUGUACUGCUCAAUGCAUUAUGUACAAGAUAGAAGUUUGGCAGAUUGUGAUGUCAAGGGUUGCAUUGGAUGGCAAUUACCAAUCUGAAUUUCAAGCUUUUGGAUCUAUCUGUAUUUUACUGUUAUUAUGUUUUCUGAAGCUUCUUCCACGUUGUAGGUCAUAUACAAGGUGUAGUGCGAACACUAAAGGUUGUAUAGGAGAAUAUCUGAAGAAUAGUGUCUGUGUAUUAUUCAUUUUUGAGCUUCUUGUAGUCCCAUUUGCUUGGACUACUGUAGAUUGAAAUAAUUACUAGUAUUACAAUUUUACCUCAUUUAUUACAUUUACUCAUUCUUUAUGCAUUUUUGGACAAAUAAUUCACAUUUA